UCUACGAACUCCACUCCUGCAUUUCGCUGCGCCUCCUCGCCCCACAUACACUGAUUAUCUGUAUUUCGCUCUGCCUCCGAAGCUGAGACGUAGCCAUGCCGCCGAAGUUUGACCCCUCUCAAGUCGUCGAUGUUUACGUCCGCGUCACCGGAGGCGAGGUUGGUGCUGCCAGCUCCCUCGCUCCGAAGAUUGGUCCGCUUGGUCUUUCGCCAAAGAAGAUUGGAGAAGACAUUGCCAAGGAAACUGCAAAGGACUGGAAGGGUUUGAGAGUCACUGUCAAGCUUACCGUCCAGAACCGUCAGGCUAAGGUAUCGGUGGUGCCGUCUGCGGCGGCGUUAGUCAUCAAGGCUCUCAAGGAGCCGGAGAGAGACCGUAAGAAAACUAAGAAUAUCAAGCACAAUGGGAACAUCUCUCUCGAUGACGUGAUCGAAAUCGCCAAGGUUAUGAAGCCGAGAUCCAUGGCCAAGGACUUGAGCGGGACCGUGAAGGAGAUUUUGGGGACUUGCGUGUCUGUUGGUUGUACGGUCGACGGGAAGGACCCCAAGGAUCUUCAGCAGGAGAUUAAUGAUGGCGAUGUUGAAAUUCCACAAGAUUGAAGGGAUAGCUGACUUUGAGAGGUUGGAAUGCUGUUUUUCUAUUGAUCACUCAGUUUUGAAUCCUCAAGAAUUAUGAAGUAAUUUGUGUUGUGUUAGUCUCCAAAUUCACGUUUAUAUCUUCAGCAAGUUUUGGAAUUUUUCUUGAAUUAGGAGAUUCAAUGCUUAAGUUCUUUACUUGUAUAAUGUUUGAGACUGAAAUUCGAUCUUAGUUUUUAUGAUGCAUUUGAUGAAUCAUGGAAAGGAUUGGGAUUUAAUCGAUGGUUGUAUUUAGUUUUUCUGUA